GUCACCAAGAAGGGGGCCCUGCCCUCCUGCUUCUUGGAAACAUGAACAUCCCACCCCAGCUCUCCUUUGCCCUCUAUGCUGCCGCCUUUAUACUGGGCCUUCCCCUCAAUGCCAUACUCCUCAGGGAGGCCGUGUCCCAUGCCCGGCUCCGCCUCACCCCAAGCCUUGUCUACACCCUCCAUCUGGCCUGCUCUGACCUCCUGCUGACCACCUCCCUACCUCUAAAGGCAGCUGAGUCCCUGGCGGGCGGAGCCUGGCCUCUCCCAGCCUCCCUCUGCCCAGCCUUUGCCUUGACACAUUUUGUCCCGCUGUACGCUGGGGGUUGCUUUCUGGCUGCCCUCAGUGCCGGCCGCUACCUCGGAGCAGCCUUCCCAUUGGGGUACCAAGCUGCACGGAGGCCCUGUUAUUCCUGGGGUGUGUGUGCAGGGAUCUGGGGGCUGGUGCUUUUCCACUUGGGGCUGGUGUUUGGACUUGAAACUCAGGAAGGUCAAGAGGACAAUAGCACAAAGUCCCUGGGAAUGACCAUCCCGAUCAACGGCUCCCCCGUCUGUCUGGAAGCCUGGGACCCAGUAUGGGCCGCCCCUGCCCGCCUCAGUAUCUCCCUUCUACUCUUUUUCCUUCCCUUGGUCGUCACUGCCUUCUGCUACGUGGGCUGCCUGCGGGCCCUGGCCCGCUCGGGCCUGAGCCGCAGUCGGAAGCUCAGAGCCGCCCGAGUGGCUGGAGGGGCACUGUUCACUCUGCUGCUCUGUCUGGGGCCCUACAACGCUUCCCACGUGGCCAGCUUUAUGAGACCAGCUGCCACGAGCCCCUGGAGGAAGCUUGGGUUGAUCAUGGGAGCCUGGAGCACCGUAUUCAACCCGCUGGUGUCGGGGUACUUGGGGAACAGGGCUGGCCAGAGGCAUGGUACCAUAGGGACUCAAGGUGGGACCACCCAGAAAUAG